GUGCGCACGUGCGUCACAGCAGGUGACGGCGCCCCGGGCUACUUAAGGGCAGCGCGGGCCGCCCGUGGGACUCGGGACUCGCCGCUGCGCCCCAGCCAUGGACCGUGGCCUGAGCCUGUGCCUGUGCGUGUUGAUGGCGGUUCUGGCGACCCGCGCCUGGACGCAGCCGCUGUCCCCGGCAGGGCCCCCGGGCCCCGGGACCCCAGGCCCAGAGGACGCGCCCCGGAGGCAGCUGCGGGCCGCGCCGAGGACGGGCGCCGAGCCUCGGGCGCGCCUGGGUGCGCUGCUCGCCCGGUACCUCCAGCAGGCCCGGAAAGCGCCUUCCGGCCGCAUGACCGUGGUCAAGAGCCUGCAGGGCCUGGACCCCAACCACAGGAUAAGCGACCGGGACUACGUGGGCUGGAUGGACUUUGGCCGGCGCAGCGCCGAGGAGUCCGAGUACCCCGCGUACCCCGCGUAGAGACCGGGGCAGGACACAGCCUCAUCCCACUCGUCGGCCUCUGCCUGACACUUUAACAAUCUGCUCCGCCCUCCGUGCGAAUGACCCGUCUGUCGAGCUUGUCCAGUGCCACCCCGCGCCCCGCAGAACUGUGCCAUGGGAAGAUGGUGUGUCCUUCGCCUGUGGCGCCCGGGCCUGCGAUGUUGCUGUGUUAUUAAAGUGAUUUCAUUCCA